AUGCGUAGCUUGCGUAUGGAUAAUGCUUCAUCAUUCAGAUCAACAACCUUCCGUGGAUGGUGCUAUUCUAGGGGUAUCGUCCCAACCUAUGUACCGUCAUUUGCCCCCCAUCGCAAUUCUCUGUUGGAACGACAGCAUGGUGUCCUGAAGAAGGUGCUUAAGGUUCUCUGCGCUGGCGACACUGACCUGUGGCCCCAAUUCCUACCUGUUGCGAUGGCUCGAUGCAACUCUCGGUGCUUAGGCGACACUUCUACUACCCCUUUCGAAUUGUUCUACGGUCGCGCUUGUUGCUCUCCGUGGAGCGAUAGGUUCUGUGACCUCCGCCCGGGUAUCUCUGAUGACUCCGUCAAGUUCGAGGCUGACCGGCGUUUGAGGCGAAGGAAUGCCCAACUCAAAGAUAUCAUAGCUCUUCUAGACAAGGCCGAAGCUGAUAGCUUCCUCCGAACCCCUACUACUAACCCCAUCAACAAUCGUCGUCAGUUCAAGAAAGGUGAUUUUGUACUCAGAUGGCGCGAGGCGGCUCACUCCCUUGACUCCUCGUGGUAUGGUCCUUUCACCGUCGAUGAAGUGCUGGGCAAUUACACUUAUAAGCUCAAUGAUGGCAGCGUCCACGAUA